AAGGGGGUUCCAUGAGGAACCCAAGACCUGGGUUCAUGAAACCCAAAUAUGGGUUCCGCGAGUAACCCAAAUAUGGGUUCCGCGAGUAACCCAGUAGCGGGUUCCGCGAACCCAGCUAUUGGGUUUCGCGAACCCAGUCCCAAAUCUGGGUUCCGCGAGGAACCCAAUAGUGGGUUUCGCGAACCCAGCAACUGGGUUUCGCGAACCCAGCAACUGGGUUUCGCGAACCCAGCAACUGGGUUUCGCGAACCCAGCUACUGGGUUCGCGAAACCCGCAAGGAGCCUUGGAUUCUUCUUCUUCUUCUUGAUCAAACUCUGGGAUCUUCGUUCAAUUUCUGUUUGUUUUCCUUUAGUUCUUUACCUUCUUUCUUUUGAUUGAAAUGCAUUAUGUAGUUUAGAUCGUGUUUUCUUUGAAUGUGUUACGAAAUCGUGCUCGGUUUUGGUUGAUUUGCUGUAGAAUAGCUGGAAGUAUAUGGAGAUGGAAUUUGGAGAGUGUUUUGAGUUGAUUAAGAGUCAAAUUCUACUUUGUUUUAAGGAAAAAGAACCUGAUAAUCUUGAUUUCUUGUUUUUAAUGGAUUGCUAAUAUUUGAUUAUUGAGGUAGUGGGGGAUGAUUUUGAGCU